AUGGCUUUUUAUGCCUACCUGUCCCACGGCAUUCAUUAUCCUGGUGAUGAUUUUACAAUCAAGAAUGACCACCCAGUGACCAAUCUAGGAGGAGGCUACAACCCAACAACAGGUGUAUUUACCUGUCCUGAAGAAGGAGUGUAUGUCUUCACUUGGGCAAUCGGACUCGUCACAACCGGACAGGUAUACUCGCAGCUCUUGAAAAAUGGCGUCGCUGCCGGUUUUCUGUGGACGGGGGAAAAGAACUGGGCGGAAGCUUCAGAGAAAACAGUCGUGUUUGAGUUAGCACAAGGAGACACCACCACCGUCAAAAUUGAAAGCGCUGAAAAUACCAGUCCUAUUUUGUGGAAUUUACGGACCUCUUUCUCCGGGUACAUAAUUCCGUACUGA